AUGAGACAUGUGUCACGCGGCUCUCUACUUGCUCUUUCUCCUUUUCUCACUUGUCUGUUUCACUUUUCGGCUGCCACCGUCGUCCUCAAUUCUAUCUCCGCCUCUUUUUCCGAUGUUCCUGCCAAAUUUGACGGCUCCGUGACCAGAGACGGAAUAUGCGGAGCUCUGUACGUCGCAGAUCCUCUCGACGGUUGCUCACCGUUGCUCCACGCCGCCGCAUCCAACUGGACGGAAGAGAGAAAUAAGUUCGCAUUGAUCAUCAGAGGGGAAUGUUCCUUCGAGGAGAAGCUGCUGAAUGCGCAGAUCUCAGGUUUUCAAGCUGCGAUUGUCUAUGACAACGUACCCAACGAAGAUCUCAUCGUUAUGAAGCUAAACCCUCUAGACAUAAGGGUGGAUGCAGUUUUCGUUUCAAAUGGGGCGGGUGAGACUUUGAGGAAGUACGCGAGAGGCCGAGAUGGGGAAUGCUGCCUUUACCCGCGGAGCAAAGGAAGUGCUUGGACUGUGCUGGCCAUCUCCUUCUUCUCUCUCCUUCUCAUCAUAACUUUCCUCUUGUUUGCCUUCUUUGCACCCAGACACUGGACCCAAUGGCGAGGCAGGCACACUAGGACCAUGAGGUUAGAUGCAAAGCUGGUCCACUCGCUCCCCUGCUUCACCUUCACUGAUUCUGGUCAGCACAAAUCUGGAGAAACAUGUGCAAUAUGCCUCGAAGAUUAUAGAGCUGCAGAAAGCCUCAGACUUCUCCCCUGCCAACAUGCUUUUCACAUGAGUUGCAUCGACUCUUGGUUGACAAAAUGGGGUACAUCCUGCCCUGUGUGCAAGCAUGAUAUUAGAACCCAGACUUUGUCUUCCGAGGUACACAAACGAGAGUGUGCUAGAACAGAUACAAGUACAAGUAGAGUUACCUUUGCUCAAUCCAGUCAAAGCCAUUAG